UUCAAUGUGGACGUUGUUAAAGGAGUCGUUUAGCUUGAAGUCGGUGAAAAUACAAGCACAAAGUUUGGGAUACGCACGGGCAUCAUAAAUAAACGACAACUUAGUUAAUGUUUGUUUUUGAAGAGUUUGCUAAGAUAGAGUUAUAAUCGAACUGUCAGCUUCGACGGAAGGAAAUUCAUGUCUGCUUUGUUAUUAUGUUGGACCCGUCUCCAUCUGACACCCCAGAGUGUGAGAACACGUCUACAUCCAAUAUGUAGUAGUGUAUGUAUUUACGCAGAACAUUUAAGGCGUCACAGCUCUGGGGAGACAAGAAGGAGAGUUGUAGUCACUGGCAUAGGCUUGGUGUGUCCCCUCGGCACAGGUACUUCGCUGCCCUGGGAGCGGCUUAUCAAUGCCCAGAGUGGAGUUAUUGCUUUAGACCCCGAGACGUACAAGGACGUUCCGUGUAAAGUGGCUGCUCUGGUACAAAGAGGGACCGAAAACGGCCAGUUUAACGAGGGGAGCUAUGUCUCCCGCAGUGACAUAAACCGUAUGUCCCCAGCCACAGUAAUGGCUCUUGGAGCUACACAGCUAGCUUUGGACGAUUCAGGUUGGUACCCUGCUUCUCAAACUGAACAGCUUAACACAGGGGUGUCUGUGGGCAUGGGCAUGGUUUCCUUGGAUGACAUUGCCCACACCUCUGCCGCCUUUCAGCAAAAGGGGUACAACAAAGUAAGCCCCUUCUUCGUGCCACGUAUCCUUGUUAAUAUGGCUGCUGGACACAUAAGUAUCAAACACAAACUGAAGGGUCCAAAUCAUGCGGUGUCCACAGCGUGCACCACAGGCGCACAUGCCAUUGGUGAUGGAGCGAGAUUCAUCGCCCAUGGGGAUGCAAUCGCUAUGGUAACAGGGGGAACCGAGUCAUGCGUAGGACCGUUGUCCAUUGCCGGGUUCGCAAGGGCACGGGCCCUCGCUACCAAAUGGAAUGACACACCAGAAUUGGCGUCGAGACCAUUUCACCCCGAGAGAGAGGGCUUUGUGAUGGGCGAAGGAGCUGCUGUGCUGCUGCUGGAGGAGAUGGAGCAUGCACUGAAGAGAGGAGCUCGGAUCUAUGCCGAGAUCCUGGGCUAUGGACUGUCAGGCGAUGCCAGCCAUAUCACUGCGCCUUCUGCAGAUGGUGAUGGGGCCUUCAGGUGCAUGUCUGCUGCCCUCAAAGAUGCUGGGGUCUCACCUGCAGACAUAACCUAUAUAAAUGCCCACGCUACGUCCACUCCGUUGGGCGAUGCAGCCGAAAACGCAGCCAUCAAAAGACUCUUCCAUCGAAACACAAAAAGCCUGGCCGUCUCGUCCACCAAAGGAGCCACGGGACAUUUGCUGGGAGCCGCAGGAGCCCUGGAAGCCGCUUUUACAGCUAUGGCCUGCUACCAUGGGAUCCUGCCCCCUACUCUUAACUUAGAUUGCACAGAGCCAGAGUUUGACUUGAACUAUGUUCCCUGCAAAACCCAAAUGUGGCAGACUCAGAGCCGGAGGGUUGCGCUCACAAACUCGUUCGGGUUUGGUGGUACCAAUGCAUCACUGUGUAUUGCCGGUGUGUGAGGAGACACAGUGUGUGUGUGAUAGUUUAACUGAGUAUUUGUCAGUAAUGCUAUAGGUGGUUGGUUAAAGGUAUAGGUUAAUGAUUUUAACCUUCCGGUUGUCCUUCGCAUUUUGUACACACUUGGCGUCCUCGCACCGGGUUUACAUCUCGUCCCAGAAUCAGAGUAUGCCGAAAACACACAAAUGCAUAUUAUCAGCCACCGGGUUUACCUAGACCCGAAGGACAACAUGAGGGUUAAACAGGUGAGAAGCUGUCGUAAGAGUUUUAGCUUGGUGAUUGUUCUUGUGUUCCUGUUGACAAAAACGCAUCUGGAUUGACCAUUGCAGUCAAAUUAAACUUUAAAAGAAGUAAAAAGGAGAAAAAAAAAACCAAAGUUCUGGUUGGAUUGUCUGGGUUUUUUUUUCACAUUUUAAACAUUUAUAUACAUUAGGGAUGUUCGAUAAUAUCAGCUGGCCGAUAUUAGCAUAAUUAUGUAAUGUCGGCUUUUCUUCAGAUAAAGAAAACCCGAUAACACAAUGCCAGGGUUGUGCCAAAUGUGUGCUCAAAAAAUAGUUUUGCAGAUAAAUGGCUGUAUAUUAAAAUGAAAGUCACUAGAUGGCAGCAUUGCAGCUCAUUUACACUCAUUAACGCUCAUUUAUUUUAAUAAUCAGCGGAUUGCAUGCAGAAUGCAGAUAAAUACAGAUAAAUAAAUAUUACCAGGCCUGUAUUUUCUUUGGAAUAUUUCCCCACUGUUGCACACAAGUAAAGUAGCUACAAUAUGUGUCCUUCUUAGUUAACUUGUGUAUGUAUGUACUAUUUUUUCACAUACAGAAUUUGGGAUAUUCAAACAGUGAAUGGUGUAUUUUUACAAUAGUGUUGUAUCACAGCGGCACUGUGAUUAUCUCCCCCCUCCCUGUUUUCCACAGUACCUGCUACCGUUGAAAUGACAAUGUUUUCACUCUUCUUUCACGCUUUUAUAACCUAUAUAAAUGCUCGUGCUGAUUUAUCGUAUUUUCUGGACUAUAAGUCACGCCAGAUUGCAAGUCAUGCCAGCCGAGAAAAU